AGGGAGAGAGAGGGAGAGAGAGGACCGUACAGAGGAGAGAUUGUGCUGGGAUGGAGAGACAGGGAUGCAGUUGCUAGGGAACAGCGAGGAGACGUCCAUCUUUUGCAGCUUGUUCCAGAUACAGCAAGGUUGGGAAAGGUUUGGGAGAUAAAUGCACCAUAUAAAAGAGAGAAGGACGGAACGGCGGGUGAUGUGACGUGAUCUGGAGCAGCGUCAAUGAUCGAACACACCUCAUAGCUGAUCUAAAGGAGUCUGUGUGUUGUCGUGUCUGUAUGAAGAUGGCCAUACACAGAUCCUGAGACGCCCCUCUUUGUCUGAGGAUCCACAGACGGGACGAGCUUCACCCGACAGACAGACAGAGAGACAGAGAGUCAGAUCUGAUGGAUUCAGUGGAGAGCUGAAACACACACACAGAGAAACCAACGGCUGCUGAGAGAAACUGCUUCUGUUGCUCUUGUAAAUGUGCUGAUCUUGUGUGAUUGGGAGCAGAGGAUGGGAACCACUGAAGCCACUUUACGGAUGGAGAACAUGGAGGUGAAAGAUGAGUGGCAAGACGAUGAUUUCCCACGGCCUCUUCCUGAAGACGGUGAUUUAGACGGACUCACAGACAACACUGCUCUGGUGGCGGAUCACACAGGUUCGGUUCGACAGAAGCGGCGCACGCUCAUCGCUCCGGACAUCAACCUGUCGCUGGAUAAAAGCGAGGGUUCGCUGCUUUCUGAAGACUUCCUGGAGACCCCAGACGACCUGGACAUUAACGUGGACGACAUCGACACGCCGGACGACGACUCGCUCGGCUCCCUCAACAACACCAACGAGCUGGAAUGGGAAGACGACACUGCGGUGGCCAGUGCGAAGGGUCCGGGGGGCGAGGAGGGCGACGGUGCGGGUCGUCUGUGGAGGACGGUGAUCAUCGGAGAUCAGGAGCACAGGAUAGACAUGCAGGUCAUCCGUCCGUUCCUGCGCGUCGUCACACAUGGAGGUUAUUACGGCGAAGGACUGAACGCCAUCAUCGUGUUUGCUGCCUGCUAUCUGCCCGACAGCGGCUGCGCAGACUACAGCUACAUCAUGGAGAACCUCUUCCUGUAUGUGAUCAGUAGUCUGGAGCUGCUGGUAGCUGAAGACUACAUGAUCAUCUAUCUGAACGGAGCCACGCCGCGCAGGAGGAUGCCAGGCAUCAGCUGGCUCAAGAGAUGCUACCAGAUGAUCGAAAGACGGUUAAGAAAGAAUCUCAAAUGUCUGAUCAUCGCGCAUCCCUCCUGGUUCAUCCGGACCGUUCUGGCCAUCUCACGGCCGUUCAUCAGUGUGAAAUUCAUGGAAAAGAUCCGAUACGUCCAGAGUCUGGAGGAACUGGCUCAGAUGGUCCCCAUGGAGCAUGUGCAGAUCCCCGAGUGUGUGCUGCUGUGUGACGAGGAGCGAAUCAAAGCACAGAGAGAAAGGCCGUCGUCCGUGGGAGCGGAGGCCUGUCCCUGACGCGUCUCAUUGGAUACACUCCCAGGCAGGAAUUUAUCUGUGCAUGUCAUUUUCCAAAGAUGCUCCUUUGAAGAACAAUCAUAUGGAUGAACACAAUCAUCAUCAUCAUCAUCAUCAUCUCAGAACACAACAGUAAUGAUGUUUGUGGUGCUCUUUCUACAGUGCAGUUCUUCCAGAAACACUGACCUUUGACCUGGGUCACAACUGGACUGAGAUAAAAAAAAAAAAAAA